AAACCACUUCCGCUCAAACAUGACUUAACAAAUCAUCAAAUGUGAUUCUUAAGUCCGUGAAGUUUCUUCACGGACUUAAGAAAUGCUUGACAGAUCUUGACUGUUAAUUCAAGAGAGCAGCAGGGCUAUAGCGAUGGCUUCGCCCUUUCUUUCCUGUCUCGGCCUCUGUAUGAUCAUAUCAGUCCUUGCAUUACCACCCACUGAGCCACCACUAGUUCGUGACCAUCCCUUUGUGGUCAUAUGGAAUGCCCCCACUGACCAAUGCAAGCAGCUUGAAAUUCCACUGGAUACUGCUGCCUUCCAGGCAGUGACAACGCCUUCUGCUGUGCCAGGUCAGUUUCUUACCAUCUUUUAUGAAGAUCGCCUUGGCCUGUAUCCUAAAGUCGACAUAAUCAAGCACAAGAUCUACAAAGGUGGUAUCCCCCAAAACGGGAACUUGACAGAGCAUCUUGCUAAGGCCAAACGUACAAUAGAUCACUAUAUCUCCCAAGAUUCCUCUCCUGGGCUGGCUGUGAUCGACUGGGAAUCCUGGCGCCCUCUGUGGGACCAAAACUGGGGAUCAAAACAUAUCUAUCAGAAGCUAUCUAUUACUCAUGCAUUGCACCUGGCUCCCUUUUUGACAACAAAGAAAAUUUCCCAAACAGCCAAGAGCCAGUUUGAGCUAGCUGGGAGACGCUUCAUGGAAAAAACUAUCAGCAUUGGCAUCGGCAAACGUCCAAGCCGCCGCUGGGGCUUCUAUCUGCUUCCUGAUUGCUUCAACUAUGGAUGGAACAAGCCAGGAUACACAGGGAGGUGCUCCACUAAAGCUCAGAAGCAGAACAACAAGCUGCUGUGGCUGUGGGAACGAAGCACCGCCCUCUUUCCAUCCGUCUACCUCCAUAUGACUUUGAGAAACUCGCCCCUGGCCGCGCUCUAUGUCCGUAAUCGUGUCCAAGAGGCGCUGAGGGUGGCAGCACUGCCAAAACACCUCUACACUGCACCUGUCUACGUCUACUCCAGACCCCUGUACCGGGAUCAGACCCAAAUGUUUCAGACUCAGACAGAUCUUGUUAACACCCUUGGAGAGUCUGCAGCUCUGGGUGCUUCUGGGGUUGUAAUCUGGGGAGGUACCAGGGACUACAACAGCAAGGCCUCCUGCCAGGCUCUGUCUGAGUACCUGUCCUCCACGCUCAGUCCAUAUGUUGCCAAUGUGACUGCGGCUGCCAUGCUGUGCAGUAGGCUGCUGUGUAAGGGAAAUGGCCGCUGUGUGAGGAAGAACUACAACACCGCUCACUACCUUCACCUGAACCCCUCCUCCUUCCGCAUCCUAAAGGCAAGCGGGAAGUACGUUGCCGUCGGUCUCCCAUCUGCCAGCGACCUCAGCAACUGGGUGGAGAACUUCACAUGCCAGUGCUAUGCUGGGUGGAGCUGCUUUCCUAAGCUGCGGCGUCCAACUCAAGUUCAACUUAUAAGGGUUUAAAUUGUGACGGGAGUAAAUAAAUGGCCCUUGCUGCCUUCUUGUGGUUGUGUAGUCAUUGCUGUGAGGAAAUCAUAUCAUAAGCAAUGUUUGCUCACAAAAUAAAGAUAUGAGGCAAAACAUUAAAUUUCCUGUUUCCUGCAAUGGGAUAUUUUUCUUCCUUCACACAGUUGCUGAAAAUAAACUUUGUGUAGUUCAACACAUUUGCAAUCCAGUGUUGGCUGAAAUGUAACAAGAA